AUGUCCGCAUCUGAGCGUGUAAUCAAUUAUAAAUUUCAAUGGCCAGCUGGUCCGGAAGACGUCAUUUUGACGGGUCAUUUCGACCAAUGGAAGGGGUCGUUGCCCAUGGUGAAGAACCCAGAAACUAACGCUUUCGAAUUGGAAGUGCCCUUGAAGUUCGAGAAUGAGGAUAAAAAGAUCCAUUUCAAGUUUAUUGUGGAUGGAAACUGGACCGUUAGUCAUGCCUAUGGGAAAGAAGUUAAUGAAGAAGGUUUCGAAAAUAACUUUAUUUCUUUAGAAGAUGCUCAAUUGCAAGCUCAAGGAUUGGGUAAUGUGAGCAGAAUUCCCGAAGCUGGAGGUAUGCCCGUGUACCAAAACUCUAAAAAUAGCAGUAGCAGUCGUGUCACUGGUCCACCAUCAACUUCCAAUAGAAAGAAGGGUAAAGGUAAGAAGAAGAAGGCCAAGGGUAAGAAGAGAACCAGAAAGAGUAGAAAUACGAGCGAAACUCAAGUGGGAGAUGAAGAAGGUGAAGAAGAGGAAAAUACCUCCAAUACGGAUGCUGCCAAUACACCAAUCUCCUCAUCAAAGGAACAAACACCUGUAGUGGAACCUGUUACCGGAUCUAAGACAGAGGAACCAAAGGAGGAACCAGUAUUCAAUAUCUUACCUGUGCAAGAUGUGAAGACUUCCACUUUCACUCCAAAUGUAGGAGGUCCAGGUCCUGUCAUUGUGGAAAAUCCUCAAGAUAUUCCUGAAUUGAAUGAAGUAAGAGACGUUAACCAAGAAGAAUUGAGUGCUCGUUUGAACAAAGAGAUGAAGGAAAAGAAGGAGCAAAAGGAAAAAGCUGUUGCUGAUGUGGAAGAAAAUAAUGACGCCAUUAAGGAACCUGUUCAUACUCCAUCAGGUCCAACUGAUGAACCAAUAAUGCCAAAAGUGGACGAACAAAUCACUCCAGAGGUAAUUGAACAGAGAACUAAUGAGCUUGUUAAGGAAGAGGCAAAGGAUGCUGACGCUGACGCUGACUUAGUCAAGGAAAGAGAAGAGUUGGAAACUGCAACGAGUACACCAAUGGCUAAAUUGGUACCACACACAGAAAUGGGAACUGAAACAAAGCCAACAACAGAAGCCGUAGCUGUACCUGCUGACGAAGAUAUCCAUGACGCUGCCAUUCAGAAGGAUUUGGAACCUGAAACUACCAAAGAAGUCACUGAUGAAUUUGAACCAACAUUGGAUCCAAAGAAACAAUCACACGAAUCUACCGGUGAUAAGAUAAAAAAGGAAGUGAAACACGUAGAAGAAGAUGUAAAGAGUGGUCUCAAGCGUGUCACGUCAAUAGCCACAUCAAAAUCCCAAAAGUCUCAAACUACACCUGCCCCUGUAAGUGAGGCAACUAAGGAAAAGGCUGCAAAGAAGACGACCAAAGCCACUCCUGCAUCGAAACAAACUUCUCCAACAAAAUCAAAGCCAAAAUCUAAACCUAAACCCGUUGCUAAACCUGCUGCUACAUCCACCGCCAAAGAGGAAGAUGGAAAGAAAAAGAAGAAGAAGGGAUUCUUCGGUAUAUUAAAGAAGAUGUUUUCAUAA